AUGUUUGAGAUCAAAAGAAAAAUACAUAUACCACCAACAAGGUAUUUUAAUCGUCGAAAAUCAUUUAAAUUUCUUUCAUCUUUAUCUUAUUAUUAUAAUCAUGAUUUAUUAUCCUUAUGCAAAAAAAUUAACAUGGAUCAAUCGUCAAAAUUUAAAAAAAUUCUCAAUCAACAACAAAGAAAUAAACAAAACAUCAAUAAUACUCAAUCAUCAUGUCCCAAACAAUUUCUUCCUUAUUUCCGUUAUUGCUGUUAUCGUUUAUGUUCGUUCACAUGUGAAUGUUCCAUUCCAUCAAAUACAAUUCAAAAUUACUAUGUUUCAUCAAUAUUUGCUCGACAAAAUUGUUCGAAUCAUUUACGUCGUCAUAUAUUUGUACGACAUCCUAGUAAAAUUAAAACUAAACAAAUAUUUUUUCCUAAAUUGAAUUUAUUUGUUAUUUUAUUACUAUUACUAUUUCCUUUAACACUUGCAACUAAAUUACCAUCAUCAACAAAACUUGAUCUUUUAUUAUUAACCAAUUAUACACUCACAUUUUCCUUUAAUUUACCAUCAUCACGAUCACAAUCACAAUCACAAUGGCAUGCUGGAUGUUGUAUACGACCUAAUCAAACAAUGUGUGACGCGAGAACAUAUUCCUCAAUAUCAAGUCAUAGUAUCUAUGUAUCGAAUGAUACAUCAAGUGGAACAUUUUUAUUUGAUGGUGGUAGUCAAUUAAUUGAUCAUCGUCCAUCAUUUCCUACGAAUGAUUAUUUAAAUAAUUAUAAUUUUCUUAGUAAUCAAACAAUAUUUUGUCAACGUUAUGAUGCAUUUCGUCAUUUAUCAGCAAAUCCCUUAGCGAUAUUUACAUAUUGUAUUGUUGUAAUUGGUAUUAUAUUAAAUUCAUUUGUAUUUAUUGUUUUAAUAUGUGGUUCAUUAAGACGAUCGACAUCAUUUACUUUAUUUCUUGCUUUAACAGUUUUUGAUUUAUUAAGUUUAGCAUCAAGUCUAUUUGCUUUAUUAUUUCGUACUGUAAUGACUUAUUUAAAAACUUCAGCAAUAUUUUGUAAAAUGUUUGGAAUAUUUUUCUUAUAUUUUCGUCAAUGUUCAUCAACAACAUUAUUAUUAAUUGCUAUUGAACGUUGUAUUGUUAUUAAAUAUCCAUUUUGUCGACAUGUAUUUGAAAAAUAUCGUUAUCCAUUUUUAGCUUUUGUGAUGCUUAUGUAUGUUGUACCAAUACCAUUUGAUUUUAUAUUUUAUACAAGUGGUACAUUACAUUGUGAAGCAUUUGAUACAUUACAUGCUGAUCGUUAUCAAAUAUUUCGUGGAUUUUUUACUGUAUUUUCAUAUGCAAUGAUACCAUUUGUUGGUAUAGCUAUAAGUAAUUUAUUAAUUAUAAUUGAAUUGAAGAAUUCAAAAAAACGUUUUAUUUUGAAAGCUGAUGAUGGAACAAUGAAAAAUUUUUCCACAAAUUCACCUGAAACACGAGGUACAACAGUUAUGUUAUUUGUUGCAUCAUUUGCAUUUCUUCUUUUACUUGGUCCAUUUUAUGUACAUUGGUGUAUAACAUAUAUUUUUUAUUAUUAUCCACAAUGUCAUUUUACACGAAAUCUUUAUGAAAAUGUACAAAUAUGUAUGGGUGUAUUUCAUCCAUAUCUAACUGUUAUUGAAAAAGGUAUGCGUGAAGCAAAUCAUGCUAUUAAUUUUCUUCUAUAUAUUGCAACAUCAACACGUUUUCGUUCGGAUUUUAAACGUAUAUGUCGUCGUCUUUUUUAUGUUACAUUUGGUUCAGCAAUAUUAUUUUUACAUAAACAUGUAUGUUUUUGUUGUACAGAACCAUCAUGUCUUGUUACACUUCAACAAAAUAUGUCAGAUAUAAUGGAUCAAGAUUCUACGUUUGAAAAACGUCGACAAAAUCAAGCAGCUUAUAAAACAGAACAUUAUUAUAAUAAUUAUGAACGACGACGAAAAACUCAAUUACUUCAAGCGAUGUAUUCAGAUCCUAAUACGACAACAACCGGUACAAGACUGUCACCUACAGUAUCAUUUAGUGCAUCACCAGGUACAUCUAAAACUGUUCGGUUGUUAACAUGGAAUCUCUACGACCCGAUGAUACGUCAAGAGGACAAUAGAAGACAAGCUGAACGUUUAUCACAACAUUUAAAAGAUACAGGUGUUAUUUAA